AAAAAAGAGAUAGAUUGGAAAAUUAUUUUCAGACGGGAAAAAAUUCAAAAGAAGGGCAUAUGUAGCAAAAACUCGUUAAUGGUGUAAACUUAAACCUUACAAGUUGAAAGUACAAAUUGGUAAUUUACCGGAAAUAAAAUAUUUCUACUGGCAAGAGCAACACAGUUCAUAGCAUACUUUCUCAAAGAACGAGUUGACUUUGUGCAAUCUGCAGCUACAAUCAAUCAAUCUCCUGAUUUCCGAUAGAGUCUAUGGCGGCGGCAGUUGUUGGCGAAGCAUUUCUUUCUGCUUUCAUUGAAGUCGUCCUCGACAGACUGGCCUCUCCUGAGGUUGUUGACUUGAUCCGUGGAAAGAAAAUUGACAUCAAUUUGGUUCAACGGUUGAAGAAUACUCUUUACGCUGUUGAAGCCGUGCUAAACGAUGCUGAACAGAAGCAGAUUCAUGACUCUUCUGUUAACAACUGGCUCGAUGAUCUCAAAGAUGCUCUCUAUGUUGCUGAUGACAUUCUCGACCACAUCUCUACCAAAGCUGCUCUUUCCAAGAACAACAAGCAGGUGACUACUGUUAACUACUUCUCUCGCCUUUUCAACUUUGAAGAAAAGAAUAUGGUUCAUAAGUUGGAAGAUAUUGUUGCUAGACUUGAAUCCAUUCUCAAACUUAAACAUAUUAUUGGUCUUCAACACAUUGCAACUCACCACUCAUCCUGGAGAACUCCGUCAACCUCUUUAGAAGACAGAUCUAUCCUAUUUGGUAGGGAUCAUGACAAAGAGGCCAUACUCAAAUUACUCUUGAAUCAUCAUAACACUGCUGUCAUCCCCAUUGUUGGCAUGGGUGGCCUUGGAAAAACAACUUUAGCCCAAUUUGUGUACAACCACGACAGCAUAAAGCAAGAGUUUGAUGUUCAAGCAUGGGUUUGUGUUUCUGAUGAUUUUGAUGUUUUGAAGGUUACAAAGCUCAUCGCGGAGGAAGUGGGAAAUGCUUGUAACACAAAUAACUUGAAUAUCCUUCAUCGAGAUUUGAAGGAAAAGCUGACCGGAAAGAGGUUCUUAAUUGUUUUGGAUGAUGUCUGGACCGAGGAUGACGACUCUUGGAAUUCUCUUUUAAAGCCUCUUCAAUAUGGAACUAUGGGAAGUAAAAUUCUUGUUACUACCCGUAUUGAAAAAGUUGCUUCUAUGGUCCAAACUAUUCAACCUUACUCUCUUCACCAAUUGUCUGAGGAAGAUUGUUGGUCCGUGUUUGCAAACAAUGCUUGCCUUUCUCCAGAUCAGAAUAGGGAUCUCCAAAAAAUUGGCAAAGAGAUUGUUAGAAAAUGUAAGGGAUUGCCUUUAGCAGCACAGUCACUUGGCCGCUUGUUGCGAGAAAAACGUGACAUCAGGGAUUGGAAUAGUAUACUGAAUAAUAAUAUUUGGGAGAAUAAGAGUAAGAUCAUUCCGGCAUUGAGAAUUAGUUAUCAUUAUCUCCCUCCCUAUUUAAAACGUUGCUUUGUAUAUUGUUCAUUGUUUCCCAAGGAUUAUCAAUUUGAUAGACAUGAGCUAAUCUUGCUGUGGAUGGCGGAGGAUCUUUUACAUACUUCAGAACAUAACAAGACUUUAGAAGAAGUUGGUUAUGGGUAUUUUAGUGACUUAGCUUCCAAAUCAUUUUUUCAACAUUCUCGUAAUGGGUAUUUUGUAAUGCAUGAUCUUGUGCAUGAUUUGGCAACAUGGCUUGGUGGAGAAUUCUAUCUUAGAACAGAAGUAAUUGGGAAAGAUGUGAAGAUUGGUACCAAGACUCGUCAUUUGUCAUUUUCCAAGUUCAGUGAUCAAAUUUCAACAAACCUUGAUAUUUUCGGCAGAUUAAAAUGUCUACGAACAAUCUUGCCAAUCUAUUAUUUGUAUGAUCCAUUCAACAAUGAAAAAGCUUCAUGCUUCACUUUGUCAAAUUUGAAGUGCUUGAGAGUUUUGAAAUUUGGCAACUUUAAAGGUCUUGAUGCAUUUCUUGAAUCAAUAGAUGAACUAAUCCAUUUGCGUUAUUUGGAUCUCUCUUACACGUCUAUAAAGAUGUUACCUGAGUCAUUAUGUAACCUUUAUAAUCUCCAAACGUUAAAGUUGCACGAUUGUUACAGUCUAACAAGGCUUCCCGAUGACAUGCAAAAUCUUGUAAAUUUGCGCCAUCUGGAAAUUUGGGGAACUAAUUUAAAAGAGAUGCCUAGAGAAAUGAGCAAACUUAUUAAUUUGCAACAUUUGGGUUGCUUUGUUGUGAGAACGCAGGAAGAGAAAGGGAUCAAGGAAUUGGGAACACUUUCAAAUCUUCACGGAUCACUUUGCAUUAGGAAGUUGGAGAACGUGACCAGUGGCUUUGAAGCAUCACAGGCAAAGAUAAUGGAUAAAAAGUACCUUGAUAAAUUAUCGUUUGUAUGGUCUGAAGAUGCAAAGAACCAUUUUACAAGUUCACAAAGUGAGAUGGAUAUACUUGGAAAGUUACAACCUUCCAAGAACUUGAAAAGGCUAGAUAUUGAUGGAUACAGGGGCACACUAUUUCCAGAAUGGGUUGGACAUCCUUCCUACCAAAAUUUGACUGAGGUAUCUCUGUCUGGUUGUUUGAAUUGUUGUAUCCUUCCAUCACUUGGACAAUUAUGCUCUCUCAAGGUCUUGAAAAUCAGGGAAAUGAAUAUGCUGGAGACUAUUGGAUCUGAAUAUGACGAUACCUUUUCAGGGACAUAUUUUCCUUCCCUUGAACGUCUCAAGUUUGUUGGUAUGUCAUGUUGGAAAGCGUGGCAUCAUCCUCAUGAGUCAAAUGCUUAUUUUCCAGUAUUGAAGUAUAUUGUGAUUAAUGAUUGUCCCAGAUUACAUGGGGAUUUGCCAUCUUUUCUUCCUGUUUUGGAAACAAUUCAUAUUGAAGGAUGCAACCAGCUUGUUUCUUCUCUCCCAAGGGCUCCUGCCAUAUGCAAGUUAUCCAUAUUUGAAAGCAAUAAAGUAGCAGCCUUGAAUGAGCUACCCCUUUCAUUGGAAGAGUUAAAUGUUGGAGGAAGAGAGGUGACAGAGUCUGUCUUUGAAGCCAUUGCCAUCACCCCACCAAUUUCUCUUAAAUCAUUAGUCAUCAGGGAUUGUUCUUCUGCAAUAUCAUUUCCACGAGAUUGUUUACCCUUAUCCUUAGAGAGUUUGUCCAUAACAAAUUCUAGUAAUCUAGAUUUCCCAAAGCAAAAUCACGGCCAUGAGUCACUUAAGUUUCUUCUUAUAAAUAGGAGUUGUGAUUCUCUCAUAACCCUCUCACUAGAUACCCUUCCCAACCUCCAUCAUCUGCAAAUCGGCAACUGUGAAAACAUAGAAUGUCUUUUCGUUUCAAAGGUUCUUCAAAAUCUCGUUGAUAUUGAAAUUAGUGACUGCCCCAAAUUUGUAUCAUUCCCAAAAGAAGGACUAUCUGCACCCAACUUGACAUCAUUGUAUGUCUCCAACUGUGUCAAUUUAAAAUCACUGCCUUGUCACAUAAAUACUCUUCUCCCAAAGUUAGAAAGUGUGUGGAUAUAUGAUUGUCCAAAAUUGGAGACGUUUUCUGAAGGGGGUAUGCCGCCUAGCUUGAGAACAAUUUGGAUUGGGAAUUGCGAAAAAUUACUGAUGAGCUCAUCUCUAACUUCAAUGGACGUACUUACCGAUCUUUUCAUUAAUGGUCCAUGUGAUGGUGUCGAGUACUUUCCGAAGAAGGGUUAUGCAUUGCUGCCUCCCUCCCUUACCUACCUGCAGAUAUCUAACUGUUCAAGUUUGCACACGUUUGAUUGCACGGGGCUUCUCCACCUCACUUCCCUGCAAACAUUAACAAUUUUAUUCUGCCCCAAGCUGGAGAAUAUAGUGGGAGAAAGGCUGCCUGCUUCUCUAACAGAACUUUAUAUCUCUGCAUGUCCUUUGCUGAAAGAACAGUGCCGCGUGAAAUACCCGCAAAUUUCCCCCAUCCCCAGCAUUGUAGUUGAUGAAAAAUGGAUUUAGUAAGCUUGAAGUUGGUUUGCAGUUUGUUGUACAGGGUCAUAUUUCACAUUUUCAGACGUUGAAGCGGCUUACUCCCAUGUUGAUAAUGCUUGGAAUACCAAUCAAUCAUUGCUUUGUUUUGUAGUACAAUCAAGAUCUAUUACAGAAAUGUUAUGCUGCCGUGACUUUAACUGAAUUUGAUGCUUCUAGAAGUUGCUGCUGCUAUUAUUGCUCUGCAUUUUGUUGACUUUGAUUGGAGUUAACAAUGAAGUAGAAUAGAGUGAUGCUGUGCUGAUUUUAUGAAGGAGGGAAUUAAUGGUGUAACAAACAAAUGGAAAUCCAAUUCUUACUGCCAUCUAACUGCCGAAGCCGGCCCCGCAAGGGCUUCCCACAAAGAUUGAUUGGAAAAUCUUCAAAUUAAGUUUCGGCGUAGAAUCUAAGGGAUGAAGAUCCUGAAUCAAUAUUACUGAAAACUUAGGCAUCAAAAGGCUGAUUAGAGCAUACUACAUACAUAUGUACUGCUGGAGAUGAUCUAUUGCUAAUUCCUUACCAGCAUGAAGCCAUGAAUUAGCUUACUGUGUCAUGGACUCAUGGUAUGUGUUUCCCUAAAGGCUUCUCGUCCGGAUAAACUAUCUGUGGUAAUAACUGAAAACUGGGAAUCCGCCGAAGAAACAACUCAGCUGCAGUUUGCCGUUGUCCCUCCUUAUCAAAAUUGUCCCUUCAACUUUAGCUGUGUAAAAUUGAUUAAACAGUAAAAGUGUUUUGUAAGGAUUAUCUGGAAAGCUAAGAGACAUCUAGUAAUGUGAUGCAAGAUACAUCCAUCGACCUCACACCACAGUCAUGGGGUUUGAAAACAAUGACAAAAGAGCAUGGGUUGACAGAAUUAUGCAGGCA